AUGGCGAGCGGCGUCGGCCACCUGGCCCUGGACGUGGAGGACGCGGGGGAGACGGCGCCGAGCACGGCGGCGCGGGACGAGGAGGACCUGCUCUGGGCCGCCAUCGAGCGCCUCCCCUCCGCCAAGCGGCGCAACCACGCCAUCGUCCUCCCCGACCCCGACGGCGGCGCCCAAGGCGAGGUGGUGGACGUGCGCAGGCUCGACCGCCCCGGGCUCCAGCGCGUGCUCCGCCGCGCGCUCGCCACCGCCGACCUCGACAACGCCAACCUCCUCCGCGGCAUCAAGGCCCGCUUCGACGCGGUGGGGCUGGAGGUGCCGCGGGUGGAGGUAAGGUUCCGCGACCUGAGGGUCUCGACGGAGGUCAACGUCGGCCGGAGGGCGCUGCCGACACUCCCCAACUACGUCCGCGACAUCGCCGAGAGAAUUCUUAUUGCAUUCCGGCUCCUACGCCCUAAUAAGCAUAAGCUCACUAUUCUGGAUGAUGUCAGUGGCAUUGUGAAACCUGGGAGAAUGACGUUAUUGUUGGGACCUCCUGCAUCUGGGAAAUCAACGCUAUUGCUGGCCCUAGCUGGCAAACUGGAUCCUAAGCUAAAGAAAACUGGAGGAAUUAGCUACAAUGGAAUUGCUUUGGAUGAAUUUUGUGUGCAAAGAACUUCUGCAUAUAUUAGUCAAACAGAUAACCAUCUUGGGGAGCUGACAGUAAGGGAAACUUUAGAUUUUGCUGCAAAAUGCCAAGGUGCAAGCGAAAAUUGGGGAGAAUGCUUGAAAGAAUUGGUCAAUCUUGAAAAGGAAAGAGGCAUGCGUCCUAGUCCCGAGAUAGAUGCUUUUAUGAAGACAGCAUCAGUCGGAGGAGAUAAGCACAAUCUUGUUACGGACUAUGUACUGAGAGUACUUGGGCUGGAUAUAUGUGAUGAUACCCUUGUAGGUAGCGACAUGGAAAGAGGUGUCUCUGGUGGCCAGAGGAAGAGAGUGACAACAGGUGAAAUGAUUGUUGGACCUAGAAAAACACUUCUCAUGGAUGAAAUAUCAACAGGUCUUGACAGUUCAACAACUUUUCAAAUAGUGAAUUGCCUGAGGAACUUCGUCCAUGAGAUGGAGGCAACUGUGCUCAUGUCACUUCUUCAGCCUGCACCAGAGACGUUUGAACUAUUUGAUGAUCUAAUUCUAUUGUCAGAAGGGAAGAUCAUCUACCAAGGCCAGAUUGACCAUGUUGUGGAGUACUUUAAAUCAUUAGGAUUUUCAUUGCCACCACGCAAGGGUAUUGCUGAUUUUCUCCAGGAGGUAACUUCAAAGAAAGAUCAAGCUCAGUACUGGUCUGACCUGUCGAAACCAUAUUCGUUUAUUCCUGUGUCGGCAAUGGCUGUUGCAUUUACAGAAUCCCAGUAUGGUAGAAAUCUUGAGUCCCAUCUACAUAAUUCGGACGGUCAUACAGAUUCUGCUCAGGCUCUUGCCCGGUCCAAGUUUGCCAUAUCAAAAUAUAGCCUCGUUAAAGCAUGUUUUGCCAGGGAGCUUAUCCUAAUAAGCCGUCACCGUUUCCUCUACACCUUUAGGACAUGCCAAGUCGCUUUUAUUGGGCUCAUUACAUGCACACUUUUUUUACGGACAAGAUUACAAACAACCGAUGAGCAAAAUGCAGAGCUCUAUCUCUCUUGUCUUUUUUUCGGGAUUGUGCAUAUAAUGUUUAAUGGCUUUUCGGAACUUUCUAUAACUAUUUUUCGACUUCCGGUGUUCUAUAAGCAAAGAGAUAAUUUCUUUCAUCCUGCAUGGGCUUUCUCACUUCCCAAUUGGAUACUAAGAAUUCCGUACUCUAUUAUUGAAGCGACAGUGUGGACUUGUGUUGUCUAUUACACAGUAGGCUUUGCACCGACAGUUGAUAGAUUUUUUCGCUUUAUGUUGCUAUUGUUCUCUAUACAUCAAAUGGCUUUGGGCCUUUUCCGCAUGAUGGGAGCUGUUGCACGGGACAUGACCAUUGCUAACACUUUUGGAUCAGCUGCAUUGAUGGUUAUUUUUCUUUUGGGGGGAUUUAUUAUUCCUAAAGAGGCCAUAAAACCAUGGUGGCAGUGGGCGUAUUGGGUUUCCCCAUUAAUGUAUGGCCAACGUGCAAUUUCAGUUAAUGAAUUCUCAGAUUCUAGGUGGUCAAAGGUUUCAGGUUCUAUGAACAAUACAAUUGGAAACAAUGUACUUCUGGCACACAAUCUGGGUACACAGAAUUACUGGUACUGGAUUGGGGUUGGUGCUUUAUUGGCAUACUCCCUCUUGUUCAAUGUUUUGUUUACUCUUGCAAUGACAUACCUUCACCCCCUUCAAAAGGCACAGGCAAUAAUCCUGGAGAAUCCCAAGGAAUCCAAAGAUGUGAAAUUGUUUGUGAGCGCUGAAGGCACCAGAAGGAAGGGGAUGUUGCCAUUUCAACCCCUAACCAUGACAUUCCACAAUGUUAACUAUUACGUUGACAUGCCAAAGGAAAUGCAAGCAAGAGGGAUACCUGAAAAAAGACUGCAGUUGUUGUUUGAAGUAAGCGGAGUAUUUAGGCCACGUGUCCUGACUGCACUUGUUGGCUCAAGUGGUGCUGGAAAGACAACACUUAUGGAUGUUUUAGCUGGCAGAAAAACUAGUGGGUGUAUAGAAGGUGAUAUCAAGAUUUCCGGCCAUCCAAAAGAACAACAAACCUUUGCUAGGAUAGCGGGAUAUGUUGAACAAAAUGACAUACAUUCACCACAAGUGACAGUUGAAGAGUCAUUGUGGUUUUCAUCAGCCUUACGGCUUCCGAAUGACAUAAGUAGAGAAACAAAAAAGGCAUUUGUUGAAGAAAUCAUGUCAUUGGUGGAGCUUGAUGAAUUGCGUCAUGCAUUAGUAGGGAAACAAGGUUCUAGUGGACUUUCAACGGAGCAAAGGAAACGUCUUACAAUAGCUGUUGAACUAGUUGCAAAUCCUUCCAUUAUUUUUAUGGAUGAACCUACAUCUGGUUUGGAUGCACGAGCAGCUGCCAUUGUGAUGCGUACUGUUCGAAAUGCUGUUGAUACCGGACGAACUGUUGUCUGCACGAUACACCAGCCAAGCAUCGAUAUUUUUGAAUCCUUUGAUGAGCUGCUUCUUUUGAAACGAGGAGGUCGAGUAAUAUAUGGAGGUUCACUUGGUGUUAACUCAGUUGAUAUGAUUCAUUAUUUUCAGGGAAUUCCAGGAGUCCCACCCAUAAGGGAAGGCUACAAUCCAGCAACAUGGAUGCUCGAAGUGAGCACACAAGCGUGUGAAGAAAGGCUCGGUUUAGAUUUUGCAACGGUGUACAAGAACUCAGAUCAGUUCAGGAAUGUGGAAGAUUUAAUAGAAGAACUAAGUGUUCCGGAUUCAGGCACAAAACCUUUAAAGUUCACAACCGAGUUUUCACACGGUUCUCUUACUCAAUUUGGAAUAUGCCUGCGUAAGCAAGGCCUUAUUUACUGGAGGAGCCCUGAGUACAAUGCCGUGAGAUUGUUUUACACAGCAAUAGCUUCUCUUAUAUUUGGAUCAAUAUUUUGGAACGUUGGGAUGAAGAGAGAAACAACAGGGGAUUUGUAUCUUGUCAUGGGAGCUUUAUAUGCGGCAUGCCUAUUUCUUGGAAUAAAUAAUGCCUCAUCGGUACAGCCUAUAAUUUCCGUUGAGAGAACAGUCUACUACAGAGAACGGGCUGCUAAGAUGUACUCAUCAUUCCCAUAUGCAGCAGCUCAGGGCCUUAUAGAGAUACCUUAUAUUGCGACACAGACAGUAAUAUUCGGUCUCAUCACUUACUUCAUGAUUAACUACGAGAGGAACCUAGGGAAAUUGCUCCUUUACCUCCUUUACAUGUUCCUUACUUUUACCUACUUCACAUUCUAUGGGAUGGUGGCGGUAGGCUUGACGCCAACACAAUCAGUGGCAGCAGUGGUAGCUUCAGCAUUUUACUCCUCGUGGAAUCUUUUCUCCGGAUUCCUAAUUCCCCAAUCUAGAAUCCCAGGUUGGUGGAUCUGGUUCUACUACAUCUGCCCAGUGGCCUGGACCCUGAAAGGCAUCAUUACAUCGCAAUUGGGAGAUGUCGACACGAGGAUCGUGGGUCCUGGUUUUGACGGGACAGUCCAAGAGUUCCUCCAGCAAAACCUGGGAUUUGAACAGGGGAUGACGGGUGUCACUAUUGCAGUGCUCAUUGCCUUCUGCGUCUUGUUCUUUUCAGUUUACGCGCUUUCGAUCAAGAUGCUUAAUUUCCAGAGAAGAUAACUGCCCUCUAUGUAGGAGAGAUUAUAGAACGAAGGCUGGUGUGGACGCCAUAGUUUCUUUCUUGGUGGUUUGAAAAUACUAUAGGUGGAUGAAGCACCAAUGAAGUUGGUACUACGUGCUGUCUCAAGAAAGGAAAGGAGAAAAACAGUGGGUAAACGUGAGAAUAUAUAGGUUACUACAAGUAUACAGCGAGUUGCAAAUUAGAAAUUGCAUGGAUUGUACGUAUAUGCUGUGUGUUUUG